AUGGAUCACAUCCCCAACGAGAUCCUGAGCCACAUCCUCAGCUAUCUUCUUACCGACAGAGGAAAGCAUCGCCUGCGCGAAGACUCGAUCCGUCACGUCUUGCCCAGUAAGAACACGAUCGAAGAUGACUUUAGCUCCUGGCAUAAAGUUCUAGAAAAUGACUCCAUCAAAGAUGCUGUGCGACGCGUCGCUAUCGAGACCUCACCAAUCUAUGAUUACGUUGACGCUGAUCAUAUUUCAUCUUGGCCAGAGUCUUGGCCUAGGGAUGGCCAUUGGCCUGAGUUUACAUCCGCCAUCAGCCGCAUCUGCGAUAUGCCAAACCUCGACUGUCUCGAUAUGCGUUUCUCGCUCUUUCCCGCUAGUGAACAACUCCCAGGAUUGAUAAAUGAGCCCUCAUCUACACGCAGGAGGACACUCGAAAUCAUUUCGGAGACACUAAGGGCUCGAGAGUCUCGUCCUGGGACAAGUAUUAUCCGCGAGUUGAUACUGAAAAGCCUUGAGGAUACGCCGCUGCCCAAGAAUCUCACCGAUAACCUAUUACAAAAUAUCGAAAAACUACACAUUGCCUUGGUUUAUGGUGACGACCAACGAGAGAAGCCUGGAUUUUCCUCAUAUCUCUCAGGCACUCUCUUACCUUCAGUUUCCGAGCGUCUGGUUGAGCUGACGAUUGCUGGUCACCGCUGGGGAUCUAUCCCAGCUGAGUUUGAUGGCAAAGGUCUAUCAUUUCCAUGCUUGGAGCGCUUGACGCUGGAGGAAUACAUCAUUCUUCGACAAGAUCAAUUUGACUGGGUCCUGCAACAACGUUCUCUCGUCGACUUGAACCUUUACAGCUGCAAAAUUGCGACGCACUGUCUUGUGCAACAGCCCGCUUUUGAAGACAUGGGCGUCAACCUAGAUGGGUGGAAGAAACUACCAGACCACUCCACGAAUAUGGGCCAGCCAAACCACAGCCUCAUGAUGGCUCACACACAUCCGGGGCCGCUCGACUCCGGCUGA